GGCUUCUUGGAAGCAAGGAUGACCGUGCUGGGGAGGCUCCGGAGGGGUUUCCGACAGGUGUCUCCUCAGGUGGUGCUUCUCCUGCUCUUUGCCUUCUGCCUGCUCAGUGUUUUCAUCUCGGCUUAUUAUUUAUAUGGGUGGAAGAGGGGCCUGGAACCCUCCGGGGAGGUCCCAGGCCCAGACUGCGACGAACCCAAGAUUGCCCCUUCCCGCCUGCUCCCCUUGAAGCCUCUCAAGGUGGCCGAUUCAUCCCGCACGGACCCCUUGGUGCUGGUGUUCGUGGAAAGCCUGUACUCUCAGCUGGGCCAGGAGAUCAUUGCCAUCUUGGAAUCCAGCCGCUUCAAAUACCGGACAGAGAUUGCCCCCGGGAAGGGGGACAUGCCCACCCUGACCGACAAGGAUCGGGGACGCUUCGCGCUCAUCAUUUACGAGAACAUCCUCAAGUAUGUGAACUUGGACGCCUGGAACCGGGAGCUCUUGGAUAAGUACUGCGUGGAGUACGGCGUGGGGGUUGUUGGCUUCUUCAAGGCCAACGAGAACAGUUUGCUGAGUGCUCAGCUGAAGGGCUUCCCACUCUUUCUCCACUCCAACCUCGGGCUGAAGGACUGCAGCAUCAACCCCAAAUCCCCGCUCCUGUACAUCACGCGCCCCAGCGAGGUGGAGAAGGGCCUGCUUCCAGGAGAGGACUGGACCGUCUUCCAGUCCAACCAUUCCACCUACGAGCCGGUACUCCUGGCCAAGACCAAGUCAGCAGAGUCCAUCCCGCACAUGAGCGUCGAUGCUGCGCUGCACACCACCGUGGUGCAGGACCUGGGCCUGCACGACGGCAUCCAGAGAGUCCUCUUCGGGAACAACCUCAACUUCUGGCUGCACAAGCUGGUUUUCGUGGAUGCCGUCUCCUUCCUGACCGGCAAGAGGCUCUCCCUUCCCCUCGACCGCUACCUCCUGGUGGACAUCGAUGACAUCUUCGUGGGCAAGGAAGGCACUCGCAUGAAGGUCGAAGACGUAAAGGCUCUGUUUAACACUCAGAAUGAACUGCGCACCCACAUCCCCAACUUCACCUUCAACCUGGGCUACUCAGGGAAAUUCUUCCACACAGGCACGGACGCUGAAGACGAAGGAGACGACCUGUUGCUGUCGUACGUGAAGGAGUUCUGGUGGUUCCCACACAUGUGGAGUCACAUGCAGCCUCACCUCUUCCACAACCAGUCGGUACUAGCGGAGCAAAUGACCAUGAACAAGAAAUUCGCUGUCGAGCAUGGCAUCCCCACCGACAUGGGGUACGCCGUGGCACCCCACCACUCUGGCGUGUACCCCGUCCACGUGCAGCUGUACGAAGCGUGGAAGCAGGUUUGGGCGAUCAAAGUCACGAGCACGGAGGAGUAUCCCCACCUGAAACCAGCCCGCUACCGCCGGGGCUUUGUCCACAAUGGGAUCAUGGUACUCCCGCGGCAGACCUGUGGCUUGUUCACGCACACCAUCUUCUAUAACGAAUACCCUGGCGGCUCCAGUGAACUGGACAAGAUCAUCAAUGGAGGGGAGCUGUUCCUGACUGUGCUACUUAACCCUAUCAGUAUCUUCAUGACCCAUCUGUCCAAUUACGGCAACGACCGCCUGGGUUUGUACACCUUCAAACACCUGGUUCGCUUCCUCGGCUCCUGGACCAACCUGAAGCUGCAGACGCUGCCGCCCAUGCAGCUGGCGCAGAAAUACUUCCAGAUCUUCUCCGAGGAGAAGGAUCCACUGUGGCAGGAUCCCUGUGAGGACAAGCGGCAUAAGGACAUUUGGUCCAAAGAAAAGACAUGUGACCGGUUCCCAAAGCUUCUCAUCAUCGGACCUCAAAAAACAGGGACGACAGCCCUCUAUCUGUUCCUGGGGAUGCACCCGGACCUGAGCAGCAACUACCCCAGCUCGGAGACUUUCGAGGAGAUCCAGUUCUUCAACGGACACAAUUAUCACAAGGGCAUUGACUGGUACAUGGAAUUCUUCCCCAUCCCCUCCAACACCACCUCCGACUUCUACUUCGAGAAGAGCGCCAAUUACUUUGACUCGGAAACGGCCCCCAGGCGGGCGGCCGCACUGCUCUCCAAGGCCAAGGUCAUCACCAUCCUCAUCAACCCUGCAGACCGGGCCUACUCCUGGUACCAGCACCAGCGAGCUCACGAUGACCCAGUCGCUCUGAAAUUCACUUUCCACGAGGUGAUCACAGCUGGGCCUGGGGCGUCUCAGAAGCUCCGGACGCUACAGAGCCGCUGCCUGGUACCGGGCUGGUACGCCACCCACAUUGAGCGCUGGCUGAACAGCUAUCAUGCCAACCAGAUCCUUGUUCUGGAUGGCAAGCUGCUCCGAACAGAACCAGCCAAAGUGAUGGAUACAGUCCAGAAGUUCCUUGGCGUGACGAACUUCAUAGAUUACCAUAAAACCCUGGCGUUUGAUCCAAAGAAAGGAUUCUGGUGCCAACUGCUGGAGGGAGGGAAAACCAAGUGCUUGGGGAAAAGCAAAGGGAGGAAAUACCCAGAGAUGGAUUCAGAUUCACGAGCCUUCCUGAGGGAUUAUUACCGGGACCACAAUAUAGAGCUGUCCAAGCUGCUGUACAAAAUGGGUCAGACGCUGCCAACCUGGUUGCGGGAGGAACUCCAGAACGCUAGGUAGCUGCUGCUAUCAUCGCCUUACUGAGCAAUAGUGACGCGAGCCCACGAAGAAGAUCCCAAAUCUAACACCAAGCCAAACAGAUAGGAGCGGGAGGGAAAGGCCACCAGGGAAAAGCAUUUCUGAGCAAUAUUCAGCCAAGGUCUUUGAGUGAGGUCCCAUGUGGCCAUCAGUAUGGCGUACGGGAGCGAACUGUCUCUUCUGAGGGCCCUUAAAGUUGUGUGACUGCCUGACUCUGCAAACCCAGUGCAAAUUCCCCAAGAGCUGUUGUCUUCUGAGGUCCCUGUCAAUGAGGUCACUUCCUGGGUUGUGAUGUCAUUUCCUGAUGAGGGGGGAUUCCCCAAAGAUUCCCUGCUUCUCCAUACCUGGAUGGGGUUAACUUCUCCAUGUCUAAGAUAGUAUUACAGCAACUCUGAGACUCUCCUCAUCAGCUAAUGGAGCUGAGCACCCUUCCAAGAUGUGGACAACUCUUUGCAAAGCUGGCUUGGAGAACAGGAGCACGAUGUGCUGUUUGAGGUCAGAGGCACAAAGGGGCCGGUCAGAAACACCGACCCAAGUCUGCAAUCAAGUUUCAAACAAAGUGAAGUGAGACAGCAUAAAGGAAUGGGGUGUCCUGGGUUCCCACAAGACCUAGCGCUAAGCGCUGGAAGAGGUCUGUGGAUUUUUUUAAAGAAGACUUUAAGACUUGGCAAUGUUUAGUUUGUCACCAAUGAAUUCUCCCCCUCCCCCCAGCCUUUUAUUUUAUUGUAUUUUAUUUUAUUGAAGGGUGGGAGCUUGACAGAUGACUAUCUGUCUCAUCUGGUAAGAGAACUGAACUGAGAACUGGUUCCAGAGUGGUUACAAAGGAAAAAUGUGCCCCCUGCCCCCCUUCCCGCGUGGCAACGUUUUAUAUACGUGGUGUUUUCUGUGGUAAAAGACUGAGGUUGUCCAGUAGCCUGCUCACUGGAACGUGGUUUGAUAUAUGAGCCACCAGCUCAGAAGGGGGCAGACGUCGGGCAGGGCUGACAUUGGACUAACAGCGGCCGAAAGGAUUCUGAGCACGUUGGACCUCUUGGAUACUAAAAGCUAAAGUAUUUUAAUAAUUUUGUUCUGUUUUUCUGGUGCCACAAGUUUGUACCUGAGAUACUACGGUUUUAUUUUGUCUCGUUCACUGUUACACCUGAAGGUGGGCAGCCGGUGCGCUUGGCUGGUCUAUCUACUGACCAGUGAUGAACAAUUUUUUUUCUAAUGACGGGAUAAGUACCUUGCUGCUCCAUCUCUGACUCUCUCUCAGUUCUAUUCACUGCCAGUGUUUCAGUAUUGAGGUUUCCUGCGAGUUUCUGCCCCCAACUGUCCCGGCGUGGGUGGGGCCGGUAGCAAUGCUAACCAAGAACGGUUGCCAUUGGUUCCUGGGCGAAGGCCCUGGAUCCCUAAGCAGGCUGGUGUAUCACUCACUUAAGAGUGGAGGUGGCCCAGGGUCAGGGAAGACCCAGCUGGAAGAACCCCAAAAGAGUUGAUCUGACAGUGCUGUUGGCUGAAUGAACUGCUUGCAUGGUGGGCCAGGAGAGCCUGGGUGUAGUAGUUUGGGGAGGAGGAGUGAAAUGGGGCGAGUUCUGUUAUCUCGCUGCUCCAGAGAGGUUGGGAAAAGAGGACUGGGAAGCCUAGGCUGGGGAAGGUGCAUCCAACAAGGAAUGAAGAGAGGAGACAGUAGAAGAUGAUGUGAAUGCCAGUGUCUCAUGGAGCAGGUUCCAAGGGCUCGCGCAGGAUUCUUGGACCCAGUACUCUUGAGAGCUAAGAAUUGCCUAAGAUUAAUUCAUCGGGUAUCUCCCCAACUGGACGUCACUGUGUUAGCAACUGAGUACAUUCACAUUGAAGAGAGCCUAGCAAGGAGAUUGGGUGGGAGGGGAAAAGCAAGCAGGGUUCCCCUAUAGGCCCUCAGGCUUCCCCCAUGUCUGUCCCUGAGUUCCAUGUUGUCUUCCUCUCAUGGUGCCAUGCUGGAAUGGUGGGGAGUGAGAGAUCCACACAGAUCUAGUCCCUGGGCCAUGCUAAUGGUCUUGCGUUGUCCUCUGCUACCAGCUAGGCUCUGAUUCUGUGAGUCUGCCCCGUCCUGGGACAGCCCCUUUCUCUGGGGGUGCAUUCCUAAUGCUGUUUAAAACAUCAGUGCCAUGCGUCCCCUCUGGCACUUGCAGUAACGCGAAAGCUUCCUCCUCUCCUCAGACACUAAGCUCCCCUGAGAGAAGUCAGGGGCCUCCCUUUGCAGCCCCUGUUCAAUGACGGUAUUCUACAUAUGCGGUGUUGUUGCAGCCGUGUCAGUCCCAGGAUAUUAGAGAGACAAGGUGGGGAAGGCGAUAUCUUUUCUUGGACCAGCUUCUGCUGAUGAGAGAGACCACCUUUCGAGCUUACAAACGCCGCCCUUGUCUCGGUAUUAUACGUGGCCUUUUCCUUUGCACCGAGCCACCUUCCCAUCGCCGUUAAGCAGCAUUGAGUACGUCCGCACUGGAGCAGAAGGUGUCGUUUCCGGCUCAGGCAGACCUUGAGCUAUACCCACAAGUGGCAGGGUGGGCUGAGUCCGAUCCCACCCAGGCCCCAGGCUGGCGAGCUCCUCCCACAGCUUCUCUUUGUAGUGUGCUAGGAGCGCUCACGUGGGUAUGUCUGCUUGGGCUGAAAAUGACACCCUUCAGCUCCAGUGCAGACGUACCCUUGGAACAACCGGAGUAGGAGCCGUGGGCAGUCCAGGAUCGGCCGUUCCCCUUUAGUUUUGCGGGGGAAGGUGUCGGUGAAAUGCAGCAUGAUUCUUAUGCAGCCUGUUGCCGUUUCCAGCCGCUGGAGCUGUGCUGCGGAGAAGCAGCAUGUUCUGCUCCAUUGCUUGUUGCAGUUACAGCAGAAGAUCCCUGGACAUCUUCCCCUGCCCGCAUGUGUCUUCUCUUCUGGCUUCUCCUUGCUGCAGUGGUGGGCGUUGAGUUGAGGCGAGCAGGACGCUCUCUCUCAUUGAGCACGGUAAGAAGGAGGGAGUGAAGCCAGGCCCAUACGCCAGCAGCCACUGAGGCCGGUUGCUCGCCCCGUCCUGUGCGUGUGGAUUAGGUACAUACCGUGCUGCGGCUUGGGGGAGCGUUGAUCCCAAAGAACGGUCUGCAGGAGGUUUCGGGUUACCGUGACGACACCCAACAGUGUCACUGCCAUCUUGGAUUUCCGCCUUCUCCGCUCAAACAGGCGUUUUAAGGUUAGAGCAGAGCUUCCGCGGUGGUCGUGGGGUGAGACGGGGACUCGCUGCUUGGGGGCAUGAGUCCAAAACGGCAGGCAGGGCUGGUGCCUGGGGGGCUUUGUGGGCCCCACCAGGUAGCGUAUUUGAAAUCACUAGUGCCAUGGGUCGGUCUAAGCCCCUGCGUGUGCUCACAUACACACACAUGCUAAUCUUUCUGUUAUGAGUGCUGGAAUCCCAGCCACGUGAGAGCUCCCUGCUCUAAGGGUCUCUCCUCCUCCUCGAUGUGCGUGUGCAGUGCCCACCAAUGCAUAGUAUCGCCCCCUUGGGCCGUGGGGUUUAACAAACGAGACCCUUUCCCGUUGCUUUCUCCCAAGAUAACCGCUAGCUCCAGCAACUGGCCCUGUAGUGCUGAUCCGCCGGCUCGUUGCUGCUCUGCUACAUGUGGACAAACAUCAGGUUAUGCAGAGACAGAGACUGCCUGGCACCCCCCUUCCCCCCUCACCUGCACCCUACAACUGCCCAGUCCUACCUAAUCUCUCUCCUUUAGUCACCGUUCUGCAAGCCCCCAACCCAGGCUUGUAUUACGAACAGCCUGCAGCUUCUGCCCCCGCUCGGAUUCAUUCCGCGACGCUGCAGUCUCGGGCUGGGAGCGACCACGGCAGCAAACUGUGACCUUCCCAGGUGGAAGGGAGCGGGGUAGGAGUGGGCCGGCUGGAAGGGGGGAAGCAGCACUGACAGCCCGAUGAGCCCAGGCUCCUCUUAGCACCUAGGCAGCCCCUAUCGCUGCUGUGGGCUCUCCAGGAGCCAGGGGGGAACUGGACUCCCCGACCCCUUGGUGACUGGCAGCAGCAGGAAGGAAAAGGCAGCAAAAAUAUCAGUGCAAAAAUAUCUCGGCCUUUCAAGAGGGAGGGAGGCUCACUCCCACGGUGUCUUGUAAAGCCAGGAUCCCACAGUAGGGCCUCAGUUCCCCGCCUGCAUGCCCGGGAUCAUGGUCCCUCGAGGGAUGUUGUGAGGCUAGAAUGGAUGAACGUAAAGUGCUUUCUCCAGCCACUGAUGCAAGUCUGUCCCGAUUGCGUCUGGGUGUCUUAGGCUCAGCUUAGCUCGCGGGGACGUGUGUCUGAGUGCUCCUGCCCACCAGCAGCCAACGGGGCGGAGACGGGUACCCUAGGAACGAACCACCUCGCCGUGUGCGUAUGGACAGAAGCAGCCAUCGGACUGGUCCCCAAGUGCUGCCCGCGGCUUUGCCUGCACUUUACGAGAGGGGAAUGGUACCUGCUCUGUCGAUCACUAGCGCCGUCACUGGGCGGCGCUGGAGAGCGAGUGGGGAGAGAGAUUCCCCAUAGCUGGGCUUUUUUAAACCCUUCUUUUACCUUUUGUUAUUGACAAAAGAGGGAGCCCCCCGGGGGUUCCCGUUUUUUAUUUUUGCAUGAAAUUCUGUAUAAUUUCCCGGGGGUGGGGGGUGGGAGAAGUGGGUAUUUCCUGGGGGAGGAGGGGAUAUUUCAGAGUUGUCUUUGCCCCUCCUUUCAAUCUUGGUGAACCCAGCCAUUUUGGGUGGUAUUCAAAGAUUCUUUAUCACUAAUAAUGUACGGUCCUGUUGAACUAACUGCUAAUAAAAUGGGGCUCUCUGUUCGUA